AAAAGCCUGGUAAAGUUUUCAACUCCCAUCUCGUGAUUGUGUGUGGCGCAGAUUAUUGGAUAUGGGCGGGACUUCAGCGGUCACUGGAGAUAAACACUGGCAGGACUCCACACUCAGACAGUUUUCGACGCCGAAACUUCCAAUGAGGGCGAAGCAGAUUGUCGUUGGGAGCCACAGACUGCGAGUGCGCGGCACUGUCUCUUUAAACACGCCUGGUGUAAAAAGUUCAGUCAAGAAGGCUGUGCGGAGGUGUGUUCUGCGCGGUUUGGUGCAGAGAUCGGCGUCUGAUCUCGCGAGCGCAGCGCAGCAGCAGAUGGCUGGCGACGGCGGGGAGGCCAAACGUCGUCCAAAGAGACCGUUUCGCCGCGGAGUAGAGGAGAAAUCUAGCGCGACCAUGAAUGAAAACGUCAAAAUUCAGUCCGAUAAAAAGACUUCGGGUGAACGGCGCGGUAAAGAAAACUCUGCCGCCAAGUGUACUGCUUUGACAGGCGGCUAUGCAGAGGCAAAGAUGGACCAGACCGUCAUUCACAGCCCCCAAACGCGAGAGGACCCGAGCAUUUUCUUCGACGAGGACAGCAAUCACAUUUUCCCAGUAGAGCAGUUCUUUGGGAACAUAGAUGUUGUUCAGGACUACCCACGCAGAACCCCAGGAAGCAAGAGAAUGAGUCGGAGAAAGUACAGGAGCAUGCAUUACUAUGCCAAAGAGGACAGUGAAGACGAGCAGCUAUGAGGACACAAUUCCUUUCAGACUCACUCAC